AUGGCGCGAGGUUUUGCACCUAAAGCGGAAGGGACGGCCAUUUUACUGAUAUAUCUGCGACGGGGGCGGUUCAGGGAUACCGGGCCAUCGGCACGGACGAGUCAUCGGCACCUCGGCUUCCCCCGACUACGAACACAUGCCCUGGCCGCUCCCAUCCUAGCCCGGCCGAGAGAGGCUAGGAGCCUAGGACCAACCAAGCUCCACUACGCCAGCCAACCAUCCCAUCUCAUCUCACGCUCGCGACCGGCUGGGCACACUUUACCCGUUACUUGA